UCCACAAGAGCCGCUGCGCCACCUCCACGGGCCGAAGUUUUGGAGCCAGCCAGAGCUGACCCUGAUUUCUCAGCACGUCAUGUGAUGUGUGGCGAUGCUUUUCCGUACGAGAACCUUGGAAAACUGUCAUGUCUACGCGACUGCGCACAUCAAUUCUGCAGGAUCAACGGAACCUUCGACAUUGGCACCUUCCGCCCAGGCGGCAUUUGAUUAAAUCGCGCGGCAUUGCGGCCUCCGAGGAGUUCCUGGCGAAAGAUACCGCGAGGAAGCUCGUCUUCCUCCGCCUCAUUCAUACCGUAAGUGGUGUCGCCUACACGUUCCUGGCAUUAGUUUUGCGGAUCUGCGCGCAUUGUCUAGACCGCACGACGCUCGCUUGCGUAUUUCGAAAUACCUUCCAGAGUUCCGAAGCGUCGUACCUGACAAGGUGGACGGUUGCGCGCCGACUACCUAUGUACGGCUCAGUACGGUUCACGUGUUCAUCGUAUUACUAUGCCUUUCACUGUCACAUAGCAUCAUGUCACCACAGUCGCGGCCAUCGUGAAAGUCCUCCCCAGUGUUGCCUUGGUCACUCCAAGCAUGACGUCAUCGCACCUCAACUAUCGCUUGUAGCCUGGCAGCUAAUCUCAAAACACCACGAUAUCGGCACAUAGCGACACCUACGCUUAGCAGCUGAGUUCGCGGUGGGACAUUUUUUUGGACUUCAGAUAUAAGAAGGCGCUUCGAGAAUGCCAGUUCAACUUUUCCCACAGCACCGCCUAGUCCACAACUUUCGAUACCAUGGCACGCGCACUACCUCUCAUACCUUGGUCAAAGACCUCCAUCUUUACUAGUCGCAUGCAUCUGUACUCCUCAAGAAUGGUGCAAAAGGCCGCUCUGGACUUGUUUGUACUAGGAUUCACUCAACAGGCCAACAAACUUCUCGAAU